GGGGGGGGGGGGGGGGGGCCCAAAACCCAGCCCACUAAAACCACACUCCGAUCCGAAACCGUCUUCGUCUUCGUCUCCGGCCGCCUCUCCGCCUCCACUCUUCCUCCUCCCGGCGGCGAGCUUCCCCUCUCCGCCCGCGCCCAUGGCGCCCACGGUUCUGAUGGUCGCGGAGAAGCCCAGCAUCGCGCUCUCCAUCGCCUCCGCCCUCUCCGGCGGCCGCAUGUCUACAAGGAAGGGAAGUACAGAUGUCCAUGAGUUUGAUGGGAUGUUUCAGGGUUCUCAUGCAUUUUUCAAAGUGACAUCAGUCAUUGGACAUGUCUUGAGUGUAGAUUUUCCACCUGCAUAUCAGAAUUGGGAAGGGACUGAUCCAAUGGAUCUAUUUGUGGCUCCAGUUCUGCGAUCUGAAUGCAACCCUAAGGCUCAUAUCCGCAGGCAUCUAGCUCAGGAAGCUCGAGGCUGCACCUACUUGGUACUCUGGCUUGAUUGUGACCGAGAAGGAGAAAACAUAUGCUAUGAAGUAAUUGAUUGCACUGGAAUUCCUAAAAGUGAGGUUGGCAGAAGAAUUUUCCGAGCCAAAUUUUCGUCCGUUACUGAGAAAGAUAUAAUGGAUGCUAUGAAUAAUCUUGUUUUGCCAAGUAAAGAUGAGGCACUAGCAGUUGAUGCUCGCCAAGAAAUUGACUUGAAGGUAGGAGUAGCAUUUACUCGAUUUCAAACCAGAUAUUUUCAAGGAAAAUAUGGAAAUCUCGACUCAAGAGUAAUUUCGUAUGGUCCAUGCCAAACACCUACACUUGGAUUCUGUGUACAACGCUAUCAGCAGAUUACCACAUUCAAACCAGAGAAAUUUUGGUCCUUGAAAACUUAUGUUAUCAAGGAUGGUAAUGAAAUUCAGCUUGAAUGGGAUAGGAAGAAACUUUUUGAUUUUGAUGUUACUGUAAUGUUCCAAAAGAUGGUGGCCAGUGAUGGUAUUUUAAAAGUAACCGACAUAUCAGUGAAGGAAGAGUGCAAAGCCCGCCCGCCUGGCCUUAAUACAGUUAAUUUGCUUAAGGUUGCAUCAAGUGCACUAGGUAUUGGACCUCAGACAGCAAUGCACUUGGCAGAAAGGCUUUAUACCCAAGGAUUCAUCAGUUAUCCACGUACAGAGAGCACUGCCUAUCCUUCAUCAUUUGAUUUUAGAAGUGCACUCGCUGCACUUGCACAUAAUCCUUUGUGGUCCAAUGAUGUUCGGACGUUACUGGACACUGGGUUUGUUAAGCCCAAACAGGGUCAUGAUGCUGGGGACCAUCCCCCAAUAACUCCAAUGAGAUUGGCAACAGAAGAAGCUUUGGGAACUGAUGCUUGGAGGCUGUACCAGUACAUUUGUCAGCAUUUUAUUGGCACUGUCAGUCCUGAUUGUAGAUAUACGAGGACUUCCAUUGAGUUCACUUCAGGUGGAGAGACUUUCCACUGUGUUGGCAACCGGGUCACUUCUAAAGGAUUUACUUCUAUUAUGCCAUGGCUGGCUGUGAGUGAGAAUAAUAUCCCUGCAUAUAAAAAGGGCGAUGCUGUUAGCAUCCAUAAGGUUGACAUAUAUGAGGGUAGCACCACACCUCCUGACUACCUUAGUGAGAGUGAAUUGAUCUCUCUCAUGGAGAAGAAUGGCAUAGGUACAGAUGCAUCAAUUCCUGUGCAUGUAAACAACAUCUGCGAGCGUAAUUAUGUUCAGGUGAAUUCCGGAAGAAGAUUAGUACCAACACCCCUGGGAACUACAUUGAUAAGAGGGUAUCAGUGCAUUGAUGCUGAUCUGUGCUUACCAGAUAUCCGAAGGUUUAUUGAGCAGCAGAUUACUCUAAUUGCAAAAGGUGAAGCUGACCAUCUUCAAGUUGUGCAGCAUGUUCUUCAGCAGUUUAUGAAAAAGUACUCGUACUUUGUGAAAAAGAUUGAAAACAUGGAUGCUUUGUUCGAAGCACAGUUUUCACCUUUGGCUGACUCUGGACGUUUACUGAGCAAGUGUGGAAAAUGUGCUCGGUAUAUGAAGUACAUUUCCACUCAGCCAAUGAGGCUGUACUGUGUAACUUGUGAAGAGGUCUACUAUCUUCCCCAGAACGGUUCCAUUAAGCUUUACAAGGAAAUCAUUUGCCCCCUUGAUGGGUUUGAGUUGCUACUGUUUUCAAUGGUUGGCCCUGAUGCAAAAUCCUUCCCACUGUGUCCUUUUUGCUACAACAGUCCUCCAUUUGAAGGCAUCGACAAACUCUUCGGUGCACUCAAGCUUGAUGACACUGGCAAGGUUGGGAAAGGGGCUGGCAUGCCAUGCUUCCUCUGCCUGCACCCCACAUGUAAACAAUCUAUGAUCACUCAAGGAGUUUGUGCUUGUCCUGAGUGUACUGGUACCCUAAUUCUUGAUCCAGUCAGCGCACCCAAAUGGCGGCUUUACUGCAAUAGAUGUAACUGCAUUGUCCUGCUCCCACAUGCCGCUCAUAAGAUCAGUACUACAGAUAAGAAGUGCCCAACAUGUGAGUCUACUAUCAUCGAAGUUGAUUUUAACAAGAAAACUACCCCACUUAAGGAUGGAGCUACUUUGCAUGAGGGUUGCAUCUUGUGCGAUGAGCUGUUGCAUUCGCUCAUUGAGAUGAAGCAUGGGAAGUCAUUUUUUAUGAGGAGAGGUAGAGGAAGAGGCAGGGGUAGAGGUCGAGGGAGAGGAAGCAGUAGGGGAAGACGGGGGAGCUCAAGACACGAUGAUCCUAAGAUGAGCUUCAGAGAUUUCUGAAAGUUUCAGGGCUUAAACCUAUAUGUAAGUACAUGCAACACUAGUUAGAAACUUAACCACCACUGUUGUUCUUUCCAUUUUCUUCCUGUAUAAACCCUAGAUCAAGUUAUCUUUCAUGGUUUUGCUACCAUGCUAAGACUGUUAUUUCUGUUUCUAUUGGAUGAAGUUAGGCUUGUUUCCCAGGUUGAAGAAUGGCUGUGUAGCAUCGAUCUUAUGUAAACAGUGGUUGGUAAAUGGUAACAGGGCCAACGGUUGCAAGGGUUGGUGAGAUACUGACAAUUGAGAACUUCUGGGUCGUAAUGCGUUUACCAACGACACAACACGAGGCAAAUUGCUACCCAA